AUGGUCUCCUGUUGCUUGAACAAGUCAGCCAUCGUCGGGCGUGGGUCAGCAGGAGCUGGCGGUGCGGCAACAGCAGGUAGCGAGCUCAUCGGUUCAUCAACAUCCGAGUUGUCCGCAGGUGUUGGUUCAAAGGCCGACGGCACUGAAAACGCGAGCGAUGAUGACGACGGGGGUGCAAAAGGAUGGGCUGGCGUGGAUGGUUCAGUCGCUGCGAGAGCAAUACGUGGCGGCUGGAUGCCAGCUGAUUGGUCCAGUAUAAGGAAGCCGUCAGUUGCGUCAAGCCUGAUACUAGGUGGUGACCGAAUAUCUGGUGCAGAGCCAGGCGCAAACCCAGAUUCGUCACAACGCGACUGUCCAACAGGUGAUGCAGAGACGGCUGACAUAGGUGCGACAGUGGCAGACGUGGUUGAUCUUUUGGUAUUCAUCGUGGAAAGGCGAAGAAAAAGCGGUUUGGGGUUUGGGGUUCUUCUAAAAAAGCAACUUAUGGGGUAG